AACGUUUCAAAAUAUCUGCUAAAUGCCUCGUCGUUGCCGUUGCCGAAAUUGCCGUCCAACACACAGACAGGGAAGUAGUGAUUCUGGAUUGACCGAAACAGAGGUUUGCGGCCAGGAGAGGACUUCCCAGCAAGGUGUACUGCGACAACGCCACCAACUUCGUAGGAGCCAGUCGGAUUCUCAAGGAGCUAAUAGAAGCAUUCGAGAAGAACAAAGGGGAUGUCGUGUCGUACGCAGCGUCGUGCAAGGUAGACUUCACCUUCAUACCACCCAGGGCACCACACUUCGGAGGACUGUGGGAAGCAGCCGUGAAGCAGGCGAAGCACCUACUUCUACGAGCGGUGGGCAAUGCACUGCUCACGCAAGAGGAAAUGCCAACAAUGCUCGUGGAGGUAGAGGCGGAGCUCAACAGCCGGCCCAUAGCACCGCUGUCUCCAGACCCGAACGACGGAGAUGCCUUAACUCCAGCGCAUCUUCUAAUAGGAGAGGGUCUGCGUUCGCUGCCACCAGGAUCCGGCGAAGACGUCAACGACAGCAAGCUGAGGUGCUUGAAGCGAUGGCAGAUGCUAUGCGCGCUCAAGCAGAGGUUUUGGCGAGCUUGGUCCAGAGAUUACGUCCUGGGGUUGCAGGACAAAGGCAAGUGGCACCAAGAUAG